AUGGAGGACUUCAACAGUGAGACAGAUAGUGAUUACACAAGCUACUGGCGAGAUUGGUUUGUCUCGUCGCGAGGAAAUGAGUAUUUUUGUGAAAUCGACGAAGAUUACCUGACCGAUCGAUUCAACCUCACUGGCUUGAACACUGAAGUCUCCUAUUAUCAACAUGCCUUAGAUCUGGUCACCGAUGUUUUUGACCUCGAAGCCGAGGAUGACCUCCGCGAACAAAUCGAAAAGUCGGCUCGUCACCUGUAUGGCUUAGUUCAUGCUCGCUAUAUUGUGACGACGCGUGGUUUGGCGAAAAUGCUGGACAAGUACAAGAAGUGCGACUUUGGGAAAUGUCCCCGUGUGCUGUGUGACGGUCACCCUCUCUUGCCGAUGGGUCAGCAUGAUUUACCAAACAUGAGCACCGUCAAGCUGUAUUGCCCGAAAUGCGAAGACAUCUAUAACCCAAAGUCAUCCCGCCACGCCUCUAUUGACGGGGCUUACUUUGGUACCUCCUUCCAUUCCAUCCUCUUCCAGGUCUACCCCGCCCUCUUGCCUGAGAAGAGUCUUCGUCGCUAUGAGCCCAAAAUCUACGGGUUUCGAGUUCACGCCGCUGCUGCCCUCGCGCGCUGGCAAGAUAGCUGUCGGGAAGACUUGCAGGAUCGGCUGGCUGAAUUCGGCAUGAGUCAUAAAUUCAUCGAAGAAAGCGACAGCGAAGACGAGAACUUUGAAUACGGGGAAGAGAAUGAGUCUGCCAGAACUGAAAAGGUUGCUGGGGACGGGGCUUCAGGUCGAAUGGACCUCGGCAACUGA